UAUGAACAGUCACUAACGACUUUAGCGCGCUCGCGAGAGGAGCGCCACAAAAGUCGGCUUGCCAGCAUGAGACUGCCGAAUUCGCGAGAUGUACCAUCGCCGUGCCUGUGUCUGACGCCACGACGGACGUGUUCCACUCACCACACUAAACGACGCGAGACCUUUCCCACCCAGUACGCGUAGCGCCGACAGCUUCAACACAGUCGUCCAGGGCUGUUACGAUGCUCGGCUUUCCAACCCCAUGGCCAAUGCAUUCGAGACAUGUUCGUCGCCCAGCCCAUUCUGCGGUCUUUCUAUGUCGAGGUCAGGCGCCUAGUUGGCAUUUCCAGCCCGAGGUUGCUCUUGACUCGGAUGUUGAUGCGGAUACACCAACUGCAAGUUCCCGGCCCCGGCCCACCGUUUCUUUGCAAGAAUCGUGUGCGUAUCGCAUGCCCACUUUCGGCACAAUCACUCACAUGCAUAGCUAUCUUUCAGACAGCGCGCUGCCAUUGCAAGAGUGCUUUCCCCAGGGCCAUCCUGAUCGUCAGCUGCCCAGCGCACGGUCGCUACGUUCACGCCCCGUCCUUCGCGCGGUCUGUCCCGUAGGACCUCGCAAGCCCGUGUUUGGCGCUAGCCAUCAGUGUUCCCAAACCGCUCUGUCCGACGGAUGCGAUCUUUCUGAGGCAGCACGACCGCGUCACGGCAUUUAGGACUCGUCUAAACGAGCCAUCUCAUCAUAUAUACGUCCCUCUCCCCUCGGCCGCUGACGUGGACGCGCUCACUGCCAGUUCUCCGGCUGCAGCCAGACUGCUGCUUUGCAAGACGCUCCCUCGCCGUCUUGUGGAUAUCGCAUGUCCACGUCUGGCGCAAUCACUGACACGUCCAUGUCAUCGUUCUAGACGGACGCUGUGAUGCCCUCAUGAGGCCGGCUUGCG